CCCCCCCCCCUCCUUCUUAGUUAGCACCUUUCCAUUGGAGGAUUUGAAGAUGGAGCUUGCCAUAUCUGCAGUAACAGGUGAACUCAUGAGCCGAUUCAUCUCCUUCCUUGCCAACAAGUACCACUCGAGCCAUGAAUACUCGGAAGAGAAGCAGCUGAAGAGGCUGCAGCAGCUGCUCCUGAGAGCUCACACGGUCAUCGAGGAGGCAGACGGGCGGUACAUCACCAACUCCGGGAUGCUGGUGCAGCUCAGUAUGCUUGCGGACGCCAUGUACCGAGGCUACUGGGCACUAGGUGCGUCCAGGUACAUUUCACUCGAAGAGUCCAUUGAGGAGGAGGGGGAGGGUGCGUUGGAGAGCUUGGAGGAUGUAAUCGCUGGCAUGACGGAGUUUGUUGUUCUUUUGGGUGGAUGCGACCGUAUGCUGCGUCGACCAUACGAUGCGUAUCUAUACAACGACAACAUCAUGUUCGGACGUCACGCCGAGAAGCAAAAGCUCCUGAACUUCAUGUUGUGGCACAACUCUCCUGGUGGCGGUGCGCCGGCUAUCCUUCCCAUCAUCGGUGGUCCAAUGGUCGGGAAGAGGACUCUGGUCGCCCAUGUAUGCAAGGACGAGAGGGUCCGCUCACACUUCUCUUUGAUCCUGCACCUGAAUGGUGAUUCCUUUAGUAGCCUGACAGACCAUGAUCGUAGCCUCUUGCCAGGCAAGAUACUGGUGGUUGUUGAGCUUGUUUCAGAUGUUGACGAGGAGGAUUGGGCCAAGUUCUGUUUAGCCGUAGCAACAAGCAUGGAUAAUGGAAGCAAGGUGAUCAUCAUCAGCCACCUUAAAAAUUCAGAGCGACUCGGAACCGUUGAGCCAAUCUUCCUCAAAACCCUGUCAUACGAGGAGUUCAGCUACCUAUUCAAGACACUAGCAUUCGGGAGUGUGAACCCGGCACAGCACCCACGGUUAGCGCGGAUAGCAGACGAGCUGGUCAGGGAAUUCCAACCCGAAUGGUCAAUCGGCACUGCAAAUCCGUUUGCGGACAUCAUGAGGAGGAACCUCAGCGUCCAUUUUUGGCUCUGCAUCCUGAGCGGGCUGAGAAGGGUAGUCGAGAGGAACUUAUCCCUGUUUGGGGAGCACCCGAAGCUCCUCGCCCGGAGACGUCACCAGGUAGACGUUACUGACUUGGUCUCGCAUCCCAUGGAUUCUCCACUCCGGGUCAUGGCUUCCUGUACCAGUGGCAG